UCCUCCGUCCUCCUCUGGGUACCAACUCUCUUGCGCUGCGCACUGCCGUGCGUUUAACCCAGGCGAGGAGGAGGAGGAGAAAAUUCCCCCAGGUCCGGGCAGGCCCCGCACCCCACAUCCCGUCCUGUUUUGAGAGGAAAAGGGAAGAGAAAUAAACGUGGCAGCGCGUAUAAGGCCAGUGGGGAAGCUGGGAAAAGGGUGAUUGGAAGGGUACGCAGUUAGGAAACGUUCAGGCCUGUUCACCCCCAUUCUCACUUUGCAGAUACCUCUCCCGACCACCGCCCCCUCCCGCUCCCCUCCCCCACGUCGGCCCCUCAUUAUUUGGGGGCGCUGGGAAAUGGUUGUGCCAGCCUUUGUAGGGGAGGUGGGAGGUCUAGCUCUGUCUGGGCUUCAGAGGAGGGGAUACCCUGAGAGAAUCUGGUAUUAAACCGCGGUGCUAAGUCCCAGGUUGCUUUCCAGACACCUCCGGCCCACACAGCCCUUCACCCCCGUUUUUUCAGUCCUGAAAAAGGAGUUCAGUCUGUCUUUAGGAUGAAGCCCUAACUGAAGUGAAGGAAGGAGAGACAGCCCUGAACCUGUGGAGGUCAGUCUGUCUUUUGGGCCCUGCACAACUACAGGCCUGGUGGAAAAUAGCACACUUGCUCCCGUUCCCAUCAGGUCCUCUUUGGCUUGCAGCCUCUGCAGAACUUGUGAGCCUGAGCUGAAGAGCCUCGCCUUGACGUGAACACACCACACUUGAGCACGCCAGCUCCACGCCCUGGAUCAUAGAAUUACUCCAGCUGCGCCAUGAGCAGAGUUCGGGAUGCUGGCUGUGUGGCCGCUGGGAUAGUGAUCGGGGCCAGCGCCUGGUACUGUGUCUACAAAUAUGCCAGGGGAAGAAACCAGAUGAAAAAGAGAGUAGCCAAGCCCAAGACCAGGGCUUUGGGUGGGACUGGAGCCAGGGCUAGAGCUGGACUAAGGGCUGGAUUCACAAUUGACCUUGGGCCAGGAUUCAGUCCUCCAACCCCAGUAUGCACUGGGGUAGAGGACAGGGCUCAGGAUGAAGCCUCUGCUCUGGAUAAGGCUGGAGCUGAAGCAGUGGCCCCAGCUGCAUCUAGUGCUGAGGCUCAGACUGGGGCAGGAAGUCAGGCCCAGGAGGCAGAAGGGGCUGGGAUUGGGCCUAAAGCUGAAUCAGAAGCCACAGUGGCUUCUGCAAUGGCACCACCUUCUUGCGAGGCAGAGGCUCCCAUGGCUUCAGAGGCCCCCACAAUGGCAGGGGCUCCUAAAUUGGCAGAAGCUCCUAGCAUAGCAGAGGCUCCCAGGGCUCCAGCAGUGCCUCCCAGGGUGCAAGCUCCUACCGAAGCAGCAGCACCUACUGAGGAGGUGGAGGCUCCCAUACCAGCAAUGCCUACUAGGGUAGCAGCACCGUCUGGGGCUGCAGCACCUCCUAGGGCUGCAGCAACUUCUGGGGCAGCAGCACCUUCUAGGGUAGCAGCACCUUCUGGGGCAGCAGCGCCUUCUGGGGCAGCAGCGCCUUCUGGGGCUGCAGUGCCUUCUGGGACAGCAGCACCUUCUGGGGCUGUAGAGGCUCCUGGGACUUCAGGGUCCCCUAGAACAGUAGUAGCCUCCAAGAAAGCAACCCCUGGAGCUCAUACUGGGGCUAUACCUAAGGCUGGAUCAGCUACUGGAGCUGUACCCAAGGGUGGAGCUAAGGGUGGAACCAGGUCCCGGACUGGAGGCAAGGGCAAGGGCAAGAAAAAUAAAGUUGAAGUAGAUGAAUUGGGGCUGGGCUUCCGCCCUGGAGAUGGGGCUGCAGCAGCUGCUGCAGCCUCCGCUAAUGGGGGGCAGGCUUUCCUGGCGGAGGUUCCUGAUUCUGAAGAAGGAGAGUCUGGGUGGACUGACACAGAGUCAGAGUCAGACUCUGAGCCUGAGACCCAGCAGAGAGGGAGAGGGAGAAGACCCAUUCCCAUGCAGAAGCGUCCCUUUCCUUAUGAAAUUGAUGAGAUUCUGGGUGUCCGAGAUCUCAGGAAAGUCCUUGCUUUGCUUCAGAAAUCAGAUGAUCCUUUCAUCCAGCAGGUAGCUUUGCUCACUCUGAGCAACAAUGCCAACUAUUCAUGCAACCAAGACACAAUUCGUAAGUUGGGAGGUCUUCCGAUUAUUGCAAACAUGAUCAACAAAACUGAUCCCCACAUUAAGGAAAAAGCCUUAAUGGCCAUGAAUAACCUGAGUGAGAAUUAUGAAAAUCAGGGCCGGCUUCAGGUAUACAUGAAUAAAGUGAUGGAUGACAUCAUGGCCUCUAACCUGAACUCAGCAGUACAGGUAGUCGGACUAAAAUUUUUAACAAACAUGACUAUUACUAACGACUACCAGCACCUGCUUGUCAAUUCCAUUGCAAACUUUUUCCGUUUGUUAUCUCAAGGAGGUGGAAAAAUCAAGGUUGAGAUUUUGAAAAUACUUUCGAAUUUUGCUGAAAAUCCAGAUAUGUUAAAAAAACUUCUCAGUACCCAAGUGCCGUCAUCAUUUAGUUCCCUCUACAAUUCUUAUGUGGAAUCAGAAAUUCUUAUUAAUGCCCUGACUCUGUUUGAAAUCAUCUAUGACAAUCUCAGAGCAGAAGUAUUCAACUACAGAGAAUUCAAUAAAGGCUCCCUUUUCUACUUAUGCACUGCCUCUGGAGUGUGCGUUAAGAAAAUUCGAGCCUUAGCAGAUCACCAUGACCUCUUGGUGAAGGUGAAAGUGAUAAAACUAGUGGACAAAUUCUGAUUGGCUGUGCGCUCUCAAAGACUGGAAGAAAUGUCUGGUUUAGCAGUUGGGAAGCAAUGAAAAUUGAAAGUUACUGCUUUUCCACUCACUCAUAUAGUAAAGGAAUCAUUUCAGUGCCAGUUUUGACUAAUAUAUCAUCCAGAGUGAUGUUAUCUGUGACAGUCCAGCUUUAAGCGGAACCAUUUUAUGAAUACCAAAUAAAUAGUCCUCUUGUACUGAAAACACAUUUGUGACUUUAAUCAUGCUGCUUGAAUGGAAAUAUUUUUACAGGUUCUUCUAUGUGAAUUGACAGUGAAUCUGUCCGUCUUGAAUAUCCUACACUCCUACCAUUUGUUUUGACUUGAAUUUAUCCACCAAAGACUUCAUUUGUAUAUCAUUAAUAAAGUUGUAUGUUUUGACUG